UGCUUCCGUUCUAAACAUUUCAUACAUUUUUGGUAUUGAGCAGGUUAUUAUUAGAAUACAAAGAAUUGCAUGGUUUUUUUUAAUCGUCUUUGCUUGAUAUUUGCUCACUUCUUCCUGGGUGAUUUGGAAAGGUGUCAUGUUGUCAGGCAAGCUCACCUGUCAAAAUGGGGCUAGCUGUUAGCAUGUGCUGCUGUUUGGUGUAGCAGAUAUUGCAGAGCUAUCGGAUCAUACAAUACUUUCUAAUGUUCAGUGUACAAGAUUAGAGAUAUUAAAUGGCAUCACGACAGACUUUUACGGACUCGGACACUGCAGACGAAGCAGUCAGGGCCACAUGUGACGACGCUACCUUAUGCAAACGGUUUGCAGCCAGUAAGGGAUAUUGGAAGGACCUAUAUAUCCAGUAUUUUGCAAGAUCUGUAGGAGAACGUAAAGCUCCAGAGAUAAAUAGAGGUUACUACGCUCGUGUUAAAGGAGUCAACCAUCUUCUCGAUGCUUUCGUUCGGAAAACUGAGUGCGACUGUCAAGUUAUCAAUCUUGGUGCAGGACUGGACACCACUUUCUGGAGACUAAAGGAAGAGAACCUCUUGCCGAGGAAGUACUUUGAAGUUGAUUUUCCAACAGUCGUGGCCAGAAAAAUUCACAAUAUAAAGACAAAACCUCCACUAUCUAAACCGCUCAUUGAAACUCACUCAACAGACUCCCUACUAUUAGAUGCUAACAGCCUUGACUCUGAUCGCUACUGCCUCAUUGGAGCAGAUCUCAGGGACAUCUCUAGCCUGGAUGAAAAGCUCAAGAAAUUUCAGCUUAACCCAGAAUUGCCCACAGUCUUUGUAUCAGAAUGUGUGCUGGUGUAUAUGUCCCCCACCCACUCUUCAAAUCUCGUCCGCUGGGCCUCUGAGACAUUUCACACUGCUAUGUUCAUCAACUAUGAACAGGUGAACAUGAGUGAUCGCUUUGGUCAGGUGAUGAUAGAGAACCUGCAGCAUCGCCACUGCACUCUGGCUGGAGUGGAGGUCUGUCAGUCUCUGGACACUCAGAAGGAGAGGUUUCUGAAGGCUGGCUGGGAGCAUUCGGAUGCCCUGGACAUGAUGACAGUGUAUGGUAUGCUCCCCCAAGAAGAUGUGGAGAGAAUUGAACGCUUGGAGUUCCUUGAUGAGAAGGAGCUCCUGCAGCAGCUGCUCCAGCACUACAGCAUUUGUUGGGCCACAAAGGACAAACUUAACCUCGGGCUGGUGCACUUAGCAUUUUGAAAGAGGCAGAGUUACGACUUUCACAUCUGGACUCGCCAACAUCAACAGAGAAAAACGUGAAAAAGAGGAAGUGUCUGACCCCACAGGGCACCAUCAUGGACCUUCUCCACAAUGUAAAUCAGUGCUUCUGCACAAUGUGCCCCAUGAGUGUCCUUCACCACCUCCAGCAGGUUUGAGAUAACACCGGACUGUGUAAAGACUGUGGAGUAAUUAAGAGUUCUACACUGGCACUGUGGUGCCAUGUGCCAUGUGUCAAUCAUUCAUAAAAUGAAGGCCACCCUUCUGAUGUUUGGUCUGUAAAUAUACAACCAAUACAAGGAUGAUUGUUAUUUAAAAUAUCACGUUUGAUGUGCCAUUUAUCUGCAAGGUAGCCAACAAUGGAUAAUAAAUGGAAAGAAAUCUGUUUCAACACUACAAACUGAAAUCUGUUCAUACAUGUCUGUUCUAUAAAUUCAGUACAAACAGAAAUCAAAUGAGUGGCUUCAAAUCUCGCUCAGGGAAGGCAUCUGGUGUAAUUCUUCCAAAUGACUGUAUAUGGUGCCCUGUAAUGGACCAGUAAAGGAUUAUCUGGAAAAAACACACUCAAAGUGAAGGCUAAAAGGCUAUUUUGUACUAUGGUAUAGUUACUUAUGUAUACUUAUGUAUAAAGAUGAGGAUCACUGUUUGUGCUGAAUUUAUAUUGUAAUAUUAAGUUUCCACAAUUUAACUACAAUCAUUUCAAGUCAAGUCUCUGCUAGUUUUUAUUCUGUCCUUCUGUUAAAUCAGUACAAUUUCAAAUCAUUUGUAUUGAAUUGUUUCAAUACAACAUAAUUAAAACAAUAAUGUCUA